AUGCAACGACAACAGUCGGAAGAAAAUUCUAGAAGUGACGAUGACGAAGUUACCAAUCGAAAUCACAUAGAAGCGCGUGGAUCGUCGGAUGGUUUGGAAUUUGUUCCAACGAUUCUGAAGAUCAAAGAAAUUAUCUUCCUUCGACACAGCGAAUUUAUUCGUUUAGUUAAUGAAUUCAAUAAAACACUGGAAUCGUUUACAAGAGAUGAACCGUAUUAUUUAAAUUUUACCGUUGUACCACAGUCGGACUCGACAAUACUUUGGAAAGCAUUAAUUCGUAUAACAUGUUCGAAAAUAUCACGAGCAGAUCAAAGCAAAUCGAAUGAUAUUGUUUUGAAUUUACAUCAGUUCUUGUCUGUACAUCGAUCUCUAUGUCAGCAAAUUUUAACUUUACAAAAAUGUCCAUCAACAGCAUUGUAUAAUUCUGAACCGACGAAACAAAAUUCUUCUUCAUUUUCCACAGCCAAAUUAUCGUUCAAUUUACCAAAUGACAACGAAUGUUGUAUUUGUAUGGAUCGACAGCCGAACUUAGUUUUACCUUGUACCCAUAAAUUUUGCGAUGAAUGCUUUCAGCAAUGGUCAUCUCAAGUGACUGCAACAUCCUCUCAAACGUGUCCAUUGUGUCGUGUAGAUAUCAACAGUGAUAGUGGUUUUCUGCUUGCAGAAAAACCAAAAUAUGAUCAUGUUAAAAAGACGCUGACUGAGUCAAUCUUGUCUUUGCCAGAAGAUUAUCGAUCGCGUAGUAGUGAUAAAUCAUUGAUGACUCGAAGCUAUCGAGAAUAA